CAUGACCGGAGCCGAAGUCGGACGCUUAACCGACCAAGCCACCCAGGCACCCCGAUAAUCUUUAGUUUUAAACAAGAAUACAGCAUUAGCACAGGGCAGUUAACAAAUGUUAUUAGUUGAUUUCUAUUCUAGAACAAUAGGAGCAGUGGCAUGGUCUGGCUCGGCCCAGAGAGCAGACAUAACCAGAUUUCCAGGUUAUAGGCCAGCAUUAAGGUAAAAAAUAAGAAUGGCAACAGGAGGGGAAAUAGGGGUCUGCUAAAUACGAUCAUUUGAACCUCUCUGAUCACUACUUCUGAAGACUAUUUGCCGAUAAAUCAGUAUUUCUCUAUUAAGCAGAUACUAUAUGACCACAAGCCUUGUCAUUUAGGGUCCAGAAGGAUCUCCUGAAGCAGUAACAUUGUAAGGUAGGGAACCAGAUGUCCCUUCAUUGCCUACCGUUUUCUGUUGUCAGAAUGGAGUUAAAGCCUUCAGUGGCAUAUGACUCAUUCAGAUAAGGGGCAUAGGUAUUGUACCAAAGAUUGGAGAGAGCGCUUUCCUUUUCCACAUCUCCCCAGUCCCACUCCCUAUACCCUGGAAACAUGUACUCAAGAGACUAUGUCAUGGAGCCUGCCCAGCCCUAGGCUUGUGAAGCUCUUCUGCAGACAUUGUUUCAGAACCUUCAGGAACCAAGUUUUGCUCUUCCUGGUCUGGCUUCUGUCUAUAUAGUCCUGUUCGCUUUUUAUAGGUUGUCGCGGAGCCCUUCCAAGGACAGACUUUGAGGGAAGGUAUUAGAAAAGCAAGGGCAAUAAAUUGCAAGGCCAACUGGGCAGUGUAGCAUAUCCUAUGAACUGCAGAAUAAAAUAGUGUCCAUUUUCUGUUUGUGAUAAGGACACUUGACAUUUGCACAGCACAUUUUAGUUCAUAAGCUCCCAGAGCUUGGCUAAUCCUGGGAGUUAGGAAAGCAGUUCCUGCAGCAGGCUCUCCCCUUUACGAGGGCUCUUGUGUGCGUUACCUCACGAAGCCCUCAGAGCUGCUCCAGUCACUUGACCAUGUGGGGCUGGGGCGCACAUCUUUCCACAGCACCACCUGCCUCCCAUUCCUUCCCAUCCCUUGCCCCUUGACUUCUCUUCUUUCAUCCCGCUGUUGCCGAUCCGUUUGCCUUCAUCGAUUUCUAAGCUGCCAAAGUCAAUCCAAAACAAGCAAUGGAAACAUCAAUUCAUGAUUUCUGAAGAGCGUUUAAAGACAGGUUUUAUGUGGCGCUGUUCCGUUCCUUUUUCUUGGUGGAGACUACCGCCCUGUGAGAGCAGGAGUGCUUCUUUCCAUGCGGACUUGGUAGAAUCCAUAGACAAUCUGUUGUAGCUAGUGCCACGUGGAAGCAAGGAGAGCUUCCUAGUCUGCCUCCCUGGGCAUGGAUUCUUGGACUCUGAAGAUAAUAGAGAUCCCUUCGUUAAGCCAAAGACCAUCAAUUCCAUCUUCUCUCAGGACUCCCAAAGAAAAUAAUCUUAGUGAAGAGGGGCAUAGAAUUUUAAAAAACUACAAGCCCCGUAGAGAACCGACCACCAUGAGGUAGACAGAUUCAGUUGGUAGGAAAAUUACCACGUAAAGAUGUAGAAAUUAUGGGACUGCCUAGAACAGGCUAUGAAAAUCUGUAGUGGAUGUUUGAAGAUCAUGAACGUGAAGUAAAAGCACAAAUGAAUGAAAAGCUAUUUGAGCUUGAGAUAAUAAGUAAUGUAAUUGAAAUGAAACUCCAUUUAAUGGGCAGCAUGACAUUAGACCCAGCUCUUAACAGUGGAUUGUUAGCUGAGACUUGUAAUGAAGCCCAAAAAGACUAGAAAAUGAAGAAUCCCUCAGGUUGCAUGUGGAGAGUGGUCUGGAGGGGGCAGGACCAGGAACACUGGUAAAACUUGAAGCAAGUUGUUCAUGCAGCAUACAAGUGCCUGUUAAGUGCCAGUGUGAUGUAGGAGAGGGUCAUGUUCAGAAGGUCCUGUUAAUACUUUUUUCAGUGGCUCAGAAUGGCUCAACCAGGGGAGAUGAAUGAAUUUGAAAGACAUUUAGAAGGUGGGAUUAGCGAGAUUGAUGAAUAAGAAAGUGGAGGGGAAGGUGGACUCUUCCUGACAAAAAGUAGGACGAAAACUUUGUGAGGUGGAGGUUUAUUUCUUUAAAUUCACUUACUGAGCGCUUCAUUACGUGUGUUGGAGAUUGAUGGAGAACAGUCCCUAACUUCAAGGCGUGACAUCGGGAGGAUAGACUGGCUGUAUGAUACCACCGCCAGCGUGUUAGAGCUGUGCCCAGGUUGCUGUAGAAGCACAGUGGUUUCCACCUGUUUUCAGGGUAGGGGGAAUGGGAUCAAAGGAAACCUCUCAGAACGCGUGAAGCGUGAGCUGUCUCCUAAGCGGUUUAACCCAAUGAAGGGUAAAGAAUCGGAAGGAACAUGUUCUCAAGCCAAAGCGCAUAGGGCUUUUGGUGCUUCCCACGCACGCACAAAGUGUGUGUCUGUGUGAGGAGGGCAGAAGGAAUAACAAGAUGAAAGUCAGCCUGAUAUGUAAUACUUAGAAGUCUGUAUGUCACUUACAAGGCAAGGAAGAAUGACUAAAGAUUUUAAAUAGGGAGGGGACGGGACCACGUUUGUCAAGAGUGCCAGUCACUCUUGAGAGCCCGUCAGUGCUAACUUGAAGGUAACCAAUCCGGAGGCAGUUGGAGCAAUGCGGACAAGAACCGGUAAGUACCCAAAGUGUGAAUCACGGGAAUGAAGAAGAGGGGAGCGCACCAUGCAGCCCCAGGGGAACAGCCUUCCUGCAGACAUGGUGGCCUGAAGAGACACCCCCUUUCAGGAGAUGAGCAGUGCACCCUUUUCAUUCCGUGAGACACAGAAAAGGGUAGGAUAUGAGGCUUGAAAAACCAGCUGAGGGCUGGCGGUGAAGAGCUUCACGUGCCGUGCCAAGGAUUUUAGAGCUGAUCUACCCGACAGAAGUGUUUUCAAAUGUGAGCGGUGCGGUUGGGACUACAAUUUAGAAAGGUAAUAGUUGACAUUGGGGUGCCUCCGCUCAUCCAAGCCCUUCACAGCUUGGGAUACGUUUAACCCUCGUCGUCGCGCUGUCGGGUGGAUGCCAUUCUUCCCUCCGAGCCGUGAAUGGAAACAGGCAGAAGGAACGUAGGCACUGAACGGUGGCCUCACCCCUAGGAAACGGUAGAGCCCGGAUUUAAACCCUGGCAGUCUGACGCCAGGGCCCUCGCUCCUUACCUUACACACCCUAGAUGUUUUCUUGGCCGUGAGGCACAUCAGAACUUCGCGUGCCGUUUCUAAAGAUAACGGUUGCCUCAGUCGACUAAAUCAAAGUAUCCAGAAGAGUGAUGGUGUGAUACUUGUCUUGCAAAAAGCUCCACCAUAAUUAUGCUGCACUUUACUCCUGGUCCAGCACUGCAGGGAUCCCAGUUGGGGAGUUCUAGCAGGAGUCCAGGUGAGAGCGGAGGGCCCAAACCAAAGCAGUCUGUGGGAAAGAGGAGGAGGAAAUAGAUCUAAGAGGCUUAAGAGGGAGAACUGGUUUAAUGAGCUGUAAGCAGUGGGGAAGGGUCAGAGUGGAGUCCAAAGGUCACAAAGUUGAGUGUUUACCUUAACAAGUGACGAUCGCAGCCGAGACAGGACCCCGGCAAGAGAGGUAGAUUUGGGAGCACGCGUGACAAACUCAGUUUUGAACACCUGGGUCUGGAGGUCUUCCAUGAAGACGCCUUGAUAAGGGGAAGGUUGCUUUUGGGAGUGCCUCUGUGCCAGCCACUGGGCAAGCGGCUUUCCUCACUGUUGCCUCAUGCGGUCUGCCCCUCUAGUCGCCGAGAGUCCCCCCACUGUUCAGCGGAAUUAAUACCAAGUGAGUCCGUGCAAAAUGAACCUUCAUAAAGGCCUCCCCAUCUGUUUUAGCCUGGCUGAGGUGUCUCUUCUCAGACUAUACGUCCUGGUGCGUACGUAAACGUGUGUGUAACACGGAUGGUGGGCAGUAUACCUGUUCCAGCCGGUGAUUAACCGUGUCCUCUGUCCUCGUCGGCUCACGGGUUUCAUGAAGUAGAAAUGCCUUUUUUUUUCUAUUUCUCUGUGGGGUGUGAGCCUGGCCUAGGAAAAGGGGUAAGAGAACAUACCUUCAGGCAUAGAUCGUCUUAUUUCAACCAAAUCUAUUUAGGGCUGAUGGCUGUGAAGACGAGGGGCAGGGGAUUUAAUAGUUUGAGGAGGUGUGAUGCGUGCAGGGUUAUGGUUGAACUCAGAGGCAUUGUCCCUGUGUGUGAUCUCAUGCUUAUAUGGUUGUCUGUCUCUCCUUCUCUGCCCCAGGUCCCUUGGGAGAAACUCCUUGAGGUGCUCAGGCUGAGACUGGGGGGUAAUGACACUGUGAGCUGUAGAUGGUGUGAGACCCCUCCCCACCCCCAGAGCCGAACAAUGGCUACAGCCUUGGAACCAGAGGACCAGGAUCUUUGGGAAGAAGAGGGAAUCCUGAUGGUGAAAUUGGAAGAUGAUUUCACCUGUAGGCCGGAGUCUGUCUUACAGAGAGAUGACCCUGUGCUUGAGACCUCACACCAGAACUUCCGGCGCUUCCGCUACCAGGAAGCAGCAAGCCCUCGAGAAGCUCUCAUUCGGCUGCGAGAACUUUGUCAUCAGUGGCUGAGGCCGGAAAGGCGGACGAAGGAGCAGAUCUUAGAGCUGCUUGUGCUGGAACAGUUCCUUACCGUCCUGCCCGGAGAACUACAGAGCUGGGUGCGGGGCCAGCGGCCAGAGAGUGGCGAGGAGGCCGUGACGCUGGUGGAGGGUUUGCAGAAACAACCCAGGAGACCAAGGCGGUGGGUGACUGUCCAUGUUCAUGGGCAGGAAGUCCUGUCAGAGGAGACGGUGCAUCCAGGAGCAGAGCCUGAAUCACCUAACGAGCUGCAGAACGCUGUGCAGACCUCAACUCCUGAGGAGUCCCACGAGGAGACCACGCAGAGCCCAGACCUGGGGCCACCGGAAGAGCCGAGCGUGUGCCACGAACUGGAGUUUCAGCCCCUGCAGCAGAGCGAGGUUCCAGUGCCGCAGGGCCCAGACCUUCCUGAAGAGAGGAGCCCUGGAAACCCAGAGAUGGUUGCCUUUCUUACUGCUCUCUCACAGGGGUUGGUAACUUUCAAGGACGUGGCUGUGUGCUUCUCCCAGGACCAGUGGAGCGAUAUGGAUCCAACACAGAAAGAGUUCUAUGGAGAAUAUGUCUUGGAGGAAGACUGUGGAAUUGUGGUCUCUUUGUCGUUUCCAAUCCCCAGACUAGAUGAGAUCUCCCACGUUAGAGAGGAAGAGCCUUUGGUCCCAGAUAUCCCAGAGCCUCAAGAGCCUCAAGAGCCAGAAAUCCUGAGUUUUACCUACACAGGAGACAGGAGUGAAGACGAAGAAGAGUACCUUGAGCAAGAAGAUGUAAGUUUGGAGGAUAUACACAGAUCUAUUUUGGGAGAUCCAGAAAUCCACCAGACUCCAGACUGGGAAAUAGUCUUUGAGGAUGAUCCAAGUAGACCUAACGAGAGAAGCUUUGGUACAAAUACUUCUCAAGUCAAUAGUUUAUCGAAUCUUCGGGAAACCAUGCCUAUCUGCCCCCUGUUAGGGAGACACCACGACUGCCCUGUAUGUGGAAAAAGUUUCACUUGCAACUCCCACCUUGUUAGACACCUGAGAACUCACACGGGAGAGAAACCAUAUAAGUGUAUGGAGUGUGGGAAAAGUUACACGCGGAGCUCACAUCUUGCCAGGCACCAGAAGGUUCACAAAAUGGGCGCUGCUUAUAAAUUUCCCCUAAACCGGAAGAAUUUGGAUGAGACCUCCCCUCUGGUCCAGCCUGAGAGAACUCCUCCCGUUGAGAAACCCUUUAGAUGUGACGAUUGUGGAAAACACUUCCGCUGGACUUCGGACCUUGUCCGGCAUCAGAGGACACACACGGGGGAAAAACCCUUCUUCUGUACUAUUUGUGGCAAGAGCUUCAGCCAGAAAUCUGUGCUGACGACACACCAAAGAAUCCACCUUGGGGGCAAACCCUACCUGUGUGGAGAGUGUGGAGAGGACUUCAGUGACCACAGGCGGUACCUGGCGCACCGGAAGACGCACGCGGCAGAGGAGCUCUACCUCUGUAGCGAGUGCGGGCGGUGCUUCAACCACAGCGCCGCGUUCGCCAAGCACCUCAGGGGACACGCCUCGGUGAGGCCCUGCCGGUGCAACGAAUGUGGGAAAAGCUUCAGUCGGAGGGACCACCUCGUCCGGCAUCAAAGAACACACACUGGCGAGAAACCAUUCACGUGCUCUACCUGUGGAAAGAGCUUCAGCAGGGGCUAUCACUUAAUCAGGCAUCAGAGGACCCACUCAGAAAAGACCUCCUAGCUCGGUUCCCGUGGGAGGAGAUGUGCAUUCAGCCCUUCCCCGGGGACGGGCUAGGAGAAGCCCUCUCGUCAGCUCGGGGAGACCUCUUCCAGGGAGUCUCCCUGACUUGCCCAGACCUCCAUCACCUCUUCCCACAGCUAAAUGAAAUCCCCCAGGCAGAACCUGUCAACCUUCUUCUACACCUGGAGGAGAGCUUUUGCCCAAAGUACAACCCGGGUGGAGGCUUCUCCUUGACUGGAGGCUCUUGCCUCUACCUCAUGGGUAUGAAGUAGGAGAUUUAGAAGACUUAAGAGGUCGUGGCUAUUCUGUUUUACCCAAAAUAGGCUGUUGCAUAUCCUAAAGACUGCUUAACAGCCUCAAGUGUGAAGUUGCCCAGGACAACCCUUUAGGUUUGGCAAGGGACCAGCCUCUGGGAUUGUGUCCUAACUGGGCUCAACUCUUAAAAGCACACAGCCCGGAACUCAAGGCAGGAGAUUUGCAUCCUGACGGCUUGGCCACACACUCACGGGAUGACCGUUCAAAUAUCUCACUGGUUCACUCCUUCACCAUGCACUUUCCUUCGAUCCUGGGGAGAGCGGGGAGAAGUGUCUGAUGGGGGAAAUCCUUGAGGCUGUUCCACGUGGACCUUGUCAGGCUGCUCCCUUCCCCAGUGCCAAAACGGUGCCAGGUGCCAGACCCUGCUAGAAAGGAGGACCUAGUCAGAAGCCUCUUUCCCUGUGGGGUGUUUUCCUGUUAGGAUUCUCAUGCCCAGCCUUACCUACUGUUCUACCAGCCUCGGUUUUGCCCCCAGCACUUCUGCUACAAGUGAGGUGUAACAGUUGGGUGCUGGGGGAUUCAGUAAAGCGUAAUUAAAUCAGGAAAUCAUUUACAUUCCCACCCGUGUACAAGCCCACGCAUCCUGCCCGCUCUGCGUGGGUUUGUGAAGGGAUUUUGGAACAGUUGUCAGCUUACAUAGAUAUUACAAUAAUUCUAGAAUCAUGAUUGACUGGGUCACUUUGUUUACACGAAGAAAACAAGAAGAUCUGACACCAAAUUAUGGGGGGGAAAAGGUUUUUUUAAAGCUGUUGCUGUUGGCUAAGGCCAUCAAGACUAUUCUGACACCCAGCCCCUACUAUCCCUGCCUUGGUUCUCUGAUAUCAGGGAAAAUUAUGAACCCCAGCACCUGGGACCCUGAAGAAUUUGCCAGGAGUAAAUGGCUUUCAUGUAUUUGCGUUGUUUGCUUUUUCUUAUGUGAUUUCAUUUUUAUGUGAUUAAGAACUAAAUAGUAGUAUCUCAUGGCCUAAUGGUAGGAUCUCUGUUGCCUGAUAAAGGUUCCGCAGAGAUGAGGCUGAAUAAUUAUGAACCUCACCUGCUCUGCUUGUGGGAAUGGCAAGGACCGGAUAAGCGUCCUCCAUAAAUGGAGCACAGGGUAUGGGAUUAAAGCAUGAGAAGGGC